GUGCGUGAGGCUGGAAGGCGCAGACCCGGAAGAGACUGUGUUGCUGGCGUCCUUUUGGCUGGAAGCGGAGGAGAGGCGGGAAAGAAGCCACCAUGUUCCAGUUUCUGGUUGGGUUUGCACUUGGCAAUGUAGUCGGGAUGUAUCUUGCCCAGAACUAUGAUGUUCCGAAUCUUGCGAAAAAAAUUGAAGACAUCAAGAGAGACGUGGAAGCUAAAAAGAAACCUCCAAAUGACAAAUGAUGAUGACUUAGCUGCCUCUAUUAAUUGUAGAUGUUCUAGAUAGCCACUGGGCCAUAGGUGCCAAACCUUAAAGUGGUUUUCGUGGAUUCCUUCCAAGUCUAAUCUUGGAGAACCUCAACUGCCCUCCCCAAAAAGUGUUGCCUCAUCUCAUGGGACCUCCCAGGAUAUUUGAUCUUUUUUCUAUCCUAAUAAUAAGAAAAACAAAACUGAGAAAGAAGCUGAAUUUUUGUUCUUGGUGUCUGUGCUCAGUAUUUUACAUUCAGUGUUAAUGUGUUGUAGGCAUAGAGUAAUGAAAUGUAUCUCUCUUUCCAAUUCAACACAUAAUCGUGCUGUUACAAGGGCUCAUGAAUGCAACUGAAGGAAAUGAAUCAUGAAUAAGCAUCCAAAGAUAUCCCUUUCCAAAUUUACUUAAGAGCACAGCUUUUCAUUCCUUUUUAAUAACUGAUUUAUAGUAUACCUAAUCACUGAUUAAAAUUGGCUUUUUCCUGAAUUGAGUAUUUUCUGAUUUUAUACUUGUCAUAUGUUGUGCCUUGUGUAGUCACUUGUUCUGUCCCACAUAAAAUAAAACACUGAAUAAAUGA